UAAAUACAUUUAAAAGGGAAGAAGAUAAAUAUAGAGAGACAUGCAGGUCACUCAAGAUAAGAUUGACGUACAAAUAAUAACUCGACACGUGUCAUAUUAUGUAGUAUCUAGUAUCUAGACACCAAAGCAGUGUACAUUUUGUUUUAACUACGAGCCACGUGGCUUCUGUCGUGUUUAUAAAACAAAAGAAGUAGCUCAGAUCCACUCACACCUCGUCCUCCUUAUAUGUCCGGUUCCAAAAGGAUUGAAAAGGUAAAAACCAAAACAGACGCAAGGGCAAAGUUGUCAAAGGUAUUUAAUGGCCGCCGUUAGUAGCUCGUCGGAGACCGGAGGCGGUGGCGCCGGGAAGGGAGAGAUCAUGCUGUUCGGAGUUAGGGUCGUGGUUGAUCCGAUGAGAAAGUGCGUUAGUUUGAACAACCUGUCUGAUUACGAGAAGUCUUCGCCGGAGGAGGAGACCCCUAAGAUCGGAGAUGGAGAUGGAGAAGAUAAGAACGAAGCGGAUUUGACAGCCGGUUACGCCUCCGCCAAUGACGCUGUUCCGAUUUCGUCCUCUUCCGGCGGAAAUCGCGAGAGGAAACGAGGGAUUCCAUGGACUGAGAACGAGCACAAGAGGUUCUUGCUUGGGCUUCAGAAAGUAGGGAAAGGAGAUUGGAAAGGGAUAUCGAGGAACUUUGUGAAGAGCAGGACGCCUACUCAAGUAGCUAGCCACGCUCAGAAAUACUUCCUCCGACGAAACAACCUCAACCGUCGCCGGCGAAGAUCUAGCCUUUUCGACAUCACGACCGAGACGGUCACUGGAGUCCCCAUGGAGCAAGAUCAGGUGCAUCAUGCUCAGGACAACUCAUCACUACCCGAAACUAACAUCAGCUCUGGACAUCAAGCUAUUCCUGAAGUUGCAGUGCCGACAAGAACUGAGAACGCACCACAACAGGCGUUUCAUACCAACGAUUCAUCCUCAAAUUAUCUUGUCCAUCCGAUCCCAGUAACCUUCCAACCAAACCCUGCGUUCAAUCUAAACGCAGAUGCUGCAGCUCCUGCUCCGCUCUCUCUCAACCUUUCUCUGUCCUUUAAUCUCAACGAGCGACCCAACUCAAGACAUCCGGCUUUCACGAUGAUGCCAAGCUUCAGUGAUGGAGAUAGCAAUAGCAGCAUCAUCAGAGUUGCUUAGACCUAAAAGCCAAGGGGAUAAAAAAAAGAACAAUAACAGAGGAAGGGCUUUAGAGAUGGACGAACUGUGUUUAGGGUUCUUCAUCAUCUUUGUGUUAUUGUUGGUUUGUUUGUUUGUAAAACUCUGAUCUGUGUGUUUUGUUUUGUGGUAUGUAAGUUAUUAAGAAGCCGUGAUUCUCAUGUGGCCCAUCUCAAUCAAUGGUUGGUGAUUUGUGGGGGCUUUUCUAUAUCUUAUCUUUUGGGGGAUAAGCUAAACUGUAUGUAUGUGGUUCGUCGAAUAUUUUUAUCAAUACCUUUAAUGCCAUAAUAAUAAUAUUGCCACCAAUCUCAUGAGCCACUUUGACUUUUGUGGAUUUUUGUUUUCUUUCC